AUGGAAGACGACUUUGAGCGGGAAGAAGUCAGCAAACUGAAAGGUAGCGGUCUUCUUUACUGUGGUCAGCCUUUCAGGACUGCACUGAUUACAACCACGAAGCACUUUAGCUUCACACAUCUAACCGUCCAAGAAUUCUUGGCUGCUCGUUGGUUUGUUAAGGAAAAUUGUGUUCCAGACGAAGAAUGCUCUGAAAUGGUUUUCCAAUUCAUGGCUGGUGUGUUGUCAAAUGAAGGAAACGAGGAACUGAUGGAAAAAUUAUUAGAUUCACCCUUUAUGCAUCGUAAUCUUAAAAUGACGUGUCUGAAUGAGUAUCAAAACAAAGAAUUUGCCAAAAAAUUCAUCAGGAAUAAUCCGCAAGCCUUUUGUAAUUCAGACGGCGUCUUGGCUUUAAAGGAUUUUUCUGAUGUGGACUGCAUUGGAGUAUCAUUUGUGUUGGACAUUAUCAGUGAACUAAAUAAAGAGGAAGCUGGAGAGGCACAACACAAAUGUUCUGAUAAGUUCGUCACAGUUGAGGAGUUAGAACUUAGCGAAUCACAGCUAACACUGUCUGUAAUUCACUGAACAAUGAACACUGUCUUGUGUGUGAACUGAACUUAGUCUACAUUUACUUGACUGAUGAAUGUGUUGAUGUUAUUAAUAGAUUAGUAGUAAGGAAGUUAACCACAUUAAGUCUAGUGACCGCUGGGAUCACUGUAACCAGUGUGGCCAGUCUGUGUGAAGCUUUACAGGAUCCAAGCUGUAAGCUAACCACACUUAAUCUGCGGGGUGGUUCUAUCACUGAUACCAGUGUUGCCAGUCUAUGUGAAGCUUUACAGCAUCCAAGCUGUAAGCUAACCUCACUAAAUCUGGGGAUUAGUUCUAUGACUGAUAUCGGUGUUGUCUGUCUAUGUGAAGCUUUACAGCAUCCAAGCUGUAAGCUAAACACACUAACUCUAACGCAGAAUCGCAUUACUGAUACCGGUAUUGCCAUUCUAUUUGAAGCUUUACAGCAUCCAAGCUGUAAGCUAACCACACUAAAUCUGGGGAAUAGUUUUACCACUGAUACCAGUGUUGCCAGUCUAUGUAGAGCUUUAAAGCAUUCAAGCUUUAAGUUAACCACACUAAAUCUGCCUUCG